CCGGACCGGGAUCCAUCCCGGCGGGGGGCGGCGGCGGCGCCAUGAAGUCCCGCUUCAGCACCGUCGACAUCCGCGCGGUGCUCGCCGAGCUGCGGCAGAGCUUGCUGGGAAUGAGGGUCAACAACGUUUAUGAUGUGGAUAACAAGACGUAUCUUAUUCGCCUGCAAAAGCCGGACUGCAAGGCCACGCUGCUGCUGGAGUCCGGCAUUCGCAUCCACCUGACCGAGUUCGAGUGGCCCAAGAACAUGAUGCCAUCCAGCUUUGCCAUGAAGUGCCGGAAGCACCUGAAGACCAGGAGGCUGGUGAGUGUGACCCAGCUGGGCAUCGACAGGAUCGUCGACUUCCAGUUCGGGAGCGACGAAGCCGCCUACCACCUGAUCGUGGAGCUGUACGACAGGGGGAACGUUGUCCUCACGGACCACGAGUACACCAUCCUGAACAUCCUGAGGUUCCGCACGGACGAGGCGGACGACGUCAGGUUCGCCGUGAGGGAACGGUACCCCGUGGACAGCGCCAAAGCUGCUGCCCCCCUGCCCACCCUGGACAGGUUAACGGAGAUAAUAGCAAAUGCACCCAAAGGGGAACAGCUGAAGAGGGUUCUUAACCCCCUGCUUCCUUAUGGGGCCACUCUCAUCGAGCAUUGCCUUAUAGAAGCUGGAUUUUCUGGCUCUGUCAAAAUAGAUCAACACCUGGAAAGUAAAG